AUGCCGCCCGGCCCCCUAUCGGACACUGAGCUGGCGGAUCUAUCGCCUACCACGGUUCCCCGAUCGGAGUGGACCCCCGGUUAUCGUGCCCGUCGUAGGUUCCGCAGUCAUGAUAUCGUCCCCUGGUCUGCGCAGGAUAUUCGUCAGACAAGAAUCGUGGAAAUUGACGCGGAUCUGUUCUUUCACCACUACGCCAAGCUGAUGGAGUGGCUAAUCCCUCUCCACCACUCCGUGCCUCCGCUUGGAGAGUGGCGAGACGAUCUGGUAGACGAGAGCAACGUGCGCGACUUGAUGGAGUCUGCCCCGUGGGAGAUCCUUGCUGCCAAGAUUGAUCCUCUCACGUUCAGAGGUCGGGGUUGGUUUCGACGCAUGAUGCAACUCUACGCUUUCUACGAGGAUGAGCAUCUUCAGGCUUAUUGGGACUUUACUCAUGCCUUUCCGGGCCGGCGCCCGGGGAAAUCGUUCCUUCAAGAGGUGCUGAUCGGCUUGCUCCGGGGUUACUGCGACCUCGACUUGUUGCUGGAUCCCUUCUUUCUGCAUUUCCCUCGACCUGGCGAAGUAGGUGCUUGGUACCCUGGGAUCGAGGACGGAGCCGAUCCCGCAGAUCUACUGGAGGCGUUGGCCAUUUCGGAUGGCAACCACUAUCGCGACGUACCAGAGGACCAUCCAGCGCUUGGGAUCGCUCGUUUGCCUGGCAAGUUCGUGUCCUCCUCUCCUGAUCGUGUCCUGCCGUUAUGUGUUGGCUAG